UCUGCAGGGCUGCAGCAGUUUUAUGAACGGCACGGCUGCAUCAUGAUCCUUUUCCCACUGAACCAGCCCCGAGCUGUUUCAUUGACAAACAUUCCGGUUGCUGCAUUUCUGUCACGGACAGCGUCGAGGAGCGGAGUGUCGCCGGGGGAGCGGUGCAGAGCAGCAGCAGCAGCGGCAGCAGCAGCAGCAGCAGCAGCAGGAGAAGAGGAAGCAGCAGCUGCAGUGGUCAUCAGCAACAACCACCGGUGUCGUUCGCACCAAUUUAUAAGCUGUUGAUUCGCCACUUGGACCGGGACUGGAUCAUCACGCCCCCCUCCCCACCCCCUCUCCUCUCCACUCUCUCGGGACAGCCAGAAGAAUCACCUGAGGGGGGAAUCAGACAGCUUUUGCCACUCAGACCCCUUGGGGGCGAUGUGAGGCGGCGUCGUUAACGCUCACUCACGGGCAGAUUACUGGAUUUGUUUAACCACUUCCAUGAGGCGCCCGGACGCACUGAUGGAGCAUUCUGGACGCUUUUUCAAAUCACGGAUAUCUGCGAGACUGCAGCGGCCGGUGUGUGAUGCGAGCUGAGCCGUGGGUGGUGUAGACCCCCCUCCCCAGUCCCCGCACCCCACACACCCUCACCGCCUUAUCCGCGCACCACCCCUCCAACCGGGACGCACAGCCUUGUUUCACUCCACCGGGGGAACAUGUCCCGGGCAGCGGCUAUCGCCAGCUCCCUGAUCCGUCAGAAGCGACAGGCAAGGGAGCGGGAGAAGGCGAAUGCUUGCCGCGGCAGCGGCAGCCCGAGCAACAGCAAAGGCACAAACGAGAAGCCGAGCAAGCUGAACGUGUUCUCGCGUGUCAAAUUGUUUGGAUCGAGGAAGAAACGGAAGAGAAGGCGACCACCAGAGCCCCAGUUAAAGGGCAUUGUGACCAGACUUUCCAGUCGCCAGGGCUUCCAGCUGCAGAUGCAGCCUGAUGGCACCAUUGAUGGAACCAAGGAUGAAGACAGCACCUUUGCUGUGUUCAACCUGAUCCCAGUGGGGCUUCGUGUGGUGGCCAUCCAGGGUGUCCAGACCAAACUCUACCUGGCAAUGAACAAUGAAGGCUUUCUCUACACCUCUGAACAUUUUACCCCAGAGUGUAAGUUCAAGGAGUCAGUGUUUGAGAACUACUACGUCACCUACUCCUCCAUGCUGUACCGGCAGCAGGCCUCCGGCCGGGCCUGGUACCUGGGACUCAACAAGGAGGGUGGAAUCAUGAAGGGGAACCACGUCAAGAAGAACAAGGCUGCCGCACACUUCAUACCGAAACCGCUCAAAGUGGCCAUGUACAGGGAGCCCUCCCUCCAUGAUCUGACAGAACUCUCACGGUCAGGCAGUGGUACGCCGACCAAGAGUCGCAGCGCUUCGGCCCUACUUAACGGCGGAGGGAAGUCGCCCAGCAACAAUGACUUAUCCUAGCCCCCCCACCCCUCACACCUCACACACACACACACACACACAUUCACACACAUUCACAGACAUACAAACACACACACACACACAUGCACAGAUCUCAGGCCGACAUGCCCACGCAUCAGGCUGGUGAGGGGUAGGAGGAGGUGAGGAGUAGAUGAAGGAGGACCGGAAUGUGUUCUUCCACUUCACGGAGCCCACUGUGACUGACUGUGAUGUAAAUAAACCAAGGACAAUCAAUCCGUCUGACUCUGCCGCUCUGGUCUGCAGAAGGACAGGACCUGUGAAUCUCUUCCCUUGACUACUCUUCCUGCUGUAUCAUACCCAUAGUGAACAAGGGAGGGAGAGAGAGAAACGAGGGAUAGUGAGCGUCAGUCAGUCACACAGUCAGAUAAACAGACUGUUACAGAGAACCAAAGAGUCCAAGUAUUAACUAACUAAGUUAUUGCUAUGAAAAGGCAAGUGGCAAGAAAGUUACAGAACGACAAAAAGGAAGGAGGGAAGGAAGGUCUUUAUCUAUUCUACCGUACGCUAUGUUUACACAGAGCUCAUGGGGUCAAGUCAUAUUUUUAAAAAUGACGAACGUAUUCCUUGUACACUUAUAAGGAUUGAUCAUUUGUUUGCAUGCAGGUGCGCCUGUGUGUGUGUGUGUGUGUGUGCGUGUGUGUGAGUGGUCGAGUACAUGCUGUGGUUGCAAUAGGUGAGUUGUGUGUGUGUGUGUGUGUGUGUGUGUGUGGACAAGUGAGAGCGAGUGUGUGCGCACGCAUGUGACUGGGGGGGAUUUUACCUUUUUAAGAUCUGUUGUAUAUCAGACAAACCUCCUGAGGGCUUUAGCAGGUUAAAAUAAGGUUUACUGUAUAUGCUUCCAUGCUUACUUCUUACAAGCAAUGCUGUUGUUUAUCUUUCCGUUUGUCGUUGUUGUCCCUUGCUGUUUGUUUGUUUGUUUGCUGUUGCAUGGAAGCUUGUGGACCUCUGCUCAGUAGCAGCAUGCCGAAGGUCCUUUUUUUUUGGGUCGUACGUGUUCCUGACCAAAAGAGAACACUAGUGAGCCAAUAGUGUCAUACCAUAACACUAGUGAACCAAUGUGAGGGUGUUAGAACACUACUGGACCAAUAGUAUUGCACCAGAACAUGAGUGGACCAAUGGUGUUGGACCAGAACUUUGGUGAACCAAUGGGAGCACAGAUUAACUUAAUAUUUUGGUUCCUGCUGUGGACAAACUAGAA